GCAAAUAUGUGCACCAAUGAUAUGUAUUUGCCUGCUUAAUGAUGCUCAGUAUGCUCUUUGCUGCGGAGCCUGUGCACUGCACCAGAUUGUGAGCAGGGUGCCAUGGGAUAGGGCAGCUUGCCUUGCCGGACAAGCACACUGACCGAAAACGGCGCGGCUGACGAAGGAGUUCGGCGAAUCGUCCGCACCUCCGCCUUUGAGUGUCAAGGGCCUAGGAACGCUGAGAGCUCCAGAGGGCACGCCGCAGGAGGCACUUCACCCAGCCUUCGGAGACGGAAAGCCACGUGCGGUGCUCCCUGCGGCACAUCGCCCGCACCCACGAAUCCAGGGGACGGCCUCACCUCGGUCAGCACGGUCGGCCAAGUCUGCACAAUCGGGAUUUUCAGUGCCGCCAAGUACCUUGUCUCCUUCUGGGGAUGAUGAGCCCAGCUUCGUUGUGCCUUUGCAGUAUCCUGCGCGAGAUGCCAUCUGCAUAAUUCAGGGUAAGGCAGAGGAGGAGUUUGAAGAGUUUUGCAGGAGAAGAACUGACGAUGUUUCUGGGCGCCAAUAUCUGGAGUUCCUUGGCUUGCGACUCAUCCUCCACCCGGAGACCGGCUCCAAGGGCUGGCGAGUCGAGGUGCAGAAGGCGCUGCCUCAGGCAGUUCAAUUUUGGGAGCACCACAAAGGCAUCCGUCAAGGCGACCUUCUCACUGCAGUCGAUGGGAAUGAAGUUGCCGCAUUGGAUGGAGCCAUGCUGGAGAAGGCCUUCUUCCAUCGUAGUCGUAAAGGUCCACGUCACUUGGUCUUCCGGCGCUCGGUCUUGAAUCAUCUUCGAUGGCUCCGUGAGGGCCAAGUGGCCACCCCUUGGGAAGAGCAAGCAGAGCCAAAGGUGCUUUCUGGUGUACAGCGGCUCGCCGAAGAGGUGCGCGCGGAGGAGGACAGAAGGCGUGUGAUGGAACAACAAACUCUUUUGGCCCAAGAGUUGGCUGCAAAGCUCACACUCACCCAGGAAAGUGAACGUGAGUAUGUGAAAGCCGAAGCGGAGCUCUUUGCCGCCAAGAAUCUUCGAGACGAGAAGGAUGAACGGAUGGAGUCCUUGGUGGAGCAAAUGGCAAGGAAAACCGAAGAGACGGCACUGCAGAAGCUCAGCCAUGAGCAUGAGAUUCAUGCAGCUGAGAUGCAGGCUGAGGCUGAGGCCUGGAGGCGAAAGAAAGAUUCCAACUUGGAGGACUUUCUGAAGAAGGCCUCCAGCGAAUUGGACACUUUGGAAGCACAGGAGCAACAGAUGCUCAAGACCAAACAGUCGCUGGAGGGGAAGGUGGAGCUGCGGCGGCGCACGCUCGAGGUGGCCAAGACGGGCAUCCUGAAGGCCACAGAGGAUAUCAUCAGUGCCACACCGUGGAGAACCCCUGCCAAGCCGACCGACUAUGACUGCGCUGUUGUGAACUGGUGGCACAUGGUAGGCCCUGACCGACCAGCAUGGCAGGUGGCUGAUACACUUGAGCAGCGCUGCAGAUCGGCAGCCCUUCGUUUGGAGGAAGUGGAGACCUUUGCUGCACGAGCACUGAGCGAGGAGCAGGUUUUGGAGGCCAACUUGGAGGGCGAGGAGGCUUCUGCUGCCUCCUUUAGCCGACAGAAUGCUCAGCUUCAGGAGCAGCUUCGGAUCUUCAAGCUGAAGUCUUCAAAGGCAUUGGCAGAGAUCGAGGAGGAGGAAGGGGAAGCCGCAGCCCUCAAAGCCAAGCUCCUGGAGCGACAACAGGGUCAGCAACAGCUAUCACAGGAGAUGCAGCAUUGGUACCAUUCUGAAGAAUACCAUUUGGAAUUGGCCCAGCGUCAACUGGACUUUGACGAGAAGAAUAUGGGCCAUCAAAUUGAGCUGCUCCGGAAUCAAGAGACCAGGCAACGGCACCAACUCCGAGAUCAAGAGAUGAGGGACAAGGGCGAGAUCGUUCAGCAGAUGGAACAAGAAAUGGAAGCAGACAAGAGGAAGCUUGCUCUUGAGGUGCAGCAGCAGCAUCAGCGACUGAUCCUUCGACAGGGUCAGCUUGAGCAUGAUCUCCAACGCUUGCAAGAACAGCUCAGCCAGGACGAGGUGCGCGAACAGCAGAUGACCGAGGCAGUAGCACAAUCAGAGAGGCGCUUGCGACUGCAGCUGCACCAAAGUGAGUUGGCGAAGCAAGAAGAGAGUCAGCAGAUGCAAGAUGCCAUGGAGCAGGAGAAAGUCCUCGAAGCUCAGCAGCGCAGAGUGCAAGAAUUGUCGGACAAGCUGAAGGAUCUGGAGCUUCAGCAGAGCAUUUUGGCAGACAAAGAGGAUCAACUCCGUUUGGACCAGAUGGAAAGACAGGAGCAGGUCUUGCGAAAGCGGCAGGAGCAGCAACUUCGAAUGUGCCAAGUGCAGCUGCAAGAGAUGCGGAGUCAACAGGAAAUGUCAGAUCAGCAGUUCCGAUCGAAAUUGGAGCGGGUGCAACGCGAGCUGGAGCUGGUUGGACAGCGUGUGAAGGAUCUUCAGGAGCAAUUCCUGCGGACUCAUGAGGUGGCGGCGAGUGGCAAGGAAGAUCCUUUGCAGGUCCGCUUGAUCGAGAAGAAGGUGGAAGAAAUCGAGAAAGAACUUGUGAAAUUGAAAGAGGACUUGCUGCAGCACAGCAACUCCAUGGCGCAGCAGGAGCAGCGCGUUCAGGAUCAAGAAGAGCAGCUGUCAACUUUGCAGCAGGAUGUCUUGCGAGAGCUGGAGGAGCAUUUGGAAAAGCCACGCGAACGUGGACCAGAAGGGGAAGAGCUGCCAGAUUCCAGGGCCUUGAGGAAGAAGCUUGAGAAUGAUCGGGAGGAAGUGAUCAAACAGAUCGCUGCACAGCAGCAGCAGCGAAGCCUCCGAGCAGAACAGCAGCAACGGGUGAUUGACCGGCUGGGAGGCCAACUGGAGGUUUUGCUGAAACUUCUGGAAGACAUCAAAGCGAAUCCUGUGAUGACACCAACGGGUCGAGAAGGAUUGAAGACCAAAGCAUAUAGCACGGUGAGGCAACAAGAAGAAUGGAUGCAGCAGCUUGUGAGCUUGGAGCAGCAGCAAAAGGAGCUCUUCUUCGAAGAGCAGAGGCGCAUGGAGCGCUAUGAGGAGACCGCUGAACAUUGGAAGCUUGAGCAGGAAGCCUUGUCCAUGAGACAAGAAGCGGCAGAAGAAGCAGCACGUGAUGCAGAGCGCCAGGCCAUGGAGGAAGCUGCUAGACAUUUGGCUGAAGGAAAGCUUGUACCAGGUGCAAACUUGGAAGUGAUUCUGACCGAUCCGGGCCCCGUUGGCUUGACGUUCCACGCGGAUGACGAAACUCCUCCUCGAGUGCGGAAGGUGAAGAAAGAUAGACGCGAAUUCUGGGAGAAGCAAGGGAUGCAGGAUGGAGCGGUGAUUUUGGCCGUUGGUGAUGCCCCUACAGCACAUUUGACUAGUGCUGAGCUGCUGCCGCUCUUGAAUGGUCGACCCUUAAGACUGCAGUUCGCACUGGGCCCCGUGAGAACUGGAAUCAACAGCACAGACAACAAUGGACAAACUGCAUUACAUCGUGCUCUUGAGAACGGGGACGAGGCAGAGGCUCUGAAGAUCCUGGCAGAACCCACAUUCAAUUCCAUCAAUGUGCAGGACAAUCUUGGGAAGACUGCGCUUCAUUGGGCCGCAAGUGGUGGUAUGGGAGAGGCUUGCAAGGCAAUUCUGAGCCAUGCUGACUUCAACCAGGAAGAUGCAGUGGACUACAGAGGCAUAACUGCAUAUGAAGACGCAGAGGGUGCUGGUCAGACACAGGUUGUCAAGAUUUUUGACACGCACACAGCUGAAGCUGCUGAUGAACAAGAAGGAUGGUGAGCCAGAGAACUAUGCCACACAAUGCCAAAUUCAAAUCGAUCUUCCACCUGGAGCUGUCUUUCGCGUGAACUUCCAGUUGCUUGUUCUGUGGGGAAUGCAUGGAGCCGCUUGAGUCAUUGGUCAGCAGUGGUCAGCUAGCAGGCCUGUCCAAGAACGUGGACCUACGCGAUCAUGAAAUACGACUAGCACUCGUGCACUCGUGAAAACGAUCGCAGAUGUUCUAUGUAUAUAUCAUUAUAUAUCCUGCUAUGAUAAUAAGGCGAGGUCGCAGGGC